UUAUUAUGUCUUUGAUAAGAUACACCGUCAUUUUUGGGUUCGAUUUGUUUAAACCUUGUUGUGGGUUUGGUGGGCAAACUUGGUUAUGCGAAUGUAAUCACCGGGAUGAUUGGAUUUGCAUGCCUUUAUUGGUCCGUGUUCUAUGGAGAAAGAAAUUUUGUUUCUUGAAUGCGUUUGACAUGGAAUGUUCCCUUCUAUCUCAUGUAAUGGAUUAUGAUUCAUAUUUGGUAUUCUAUUGAGCUUUCCUGCUAAGAAUGAUCUCUAGAUUAUCUACUCGUUUAUUGAAUAUAUGCGUAGCUUCUCUUUGUAAAGCUCAGCAAUUAGAGAAAGCUGAAACAAUUUUAGUUGAUGCGAUACGGCUAGGUUAUCUUCCCAAUGUUGUUACUUACAAUACGUUGAUUGCGACCUAUUGCCGAUUGGAUGGGUUUGAUGCAGGAUACUCAGUUAUACAUAGAAUGCGAGAAGCUGGGAUAAGACCAGAUGUUGUUACUUAUAAUUCCUUGAUUGCGGGUGCUGCCAGACAUCGCCUACUGUCACAAGCUCUGGAUCUGUUCGAAGAAAUGCUGCAGAGUGGUAUCCUUCCGGAUGUAUGGAGUUACAAUACUUUGAUGCAUGGCUUCUUUAAAUCUGGAAGGCCAGAGGAUGCAAGCGGCAUUUUCCAGAAUAUAAUCAUGGCCAAUCUAUCCCCUUCUCCGGCUACAUUUAACAUCAUGAUUAACGGCCUCUGCAAGGCUGGAUAUGCCAGUAGUGCCCUUAGGUUGUUCAGGAGCUUACAACGUCGUGGGUUUCUUCCUGAGCUAGUUACAUAUAAUAUUCUUAUUGAUGGGCUUUGCAAAUCAGGCAGGCUGGGGCAAGCGAGAAGGAUCCUCAAGGAGCUCGGGGAGUCAGGUCAUAUGCCAAAUGCCAUAACUUAUACUACUGUUAUGAAAUGUUGCUUUAGAUCAGGAAAAUUUGAACAAGGUUUUGAAAUAUUUUCAGAGAUGAAAAGUAAAGGGUAUACCUUUGAUGCCUUCGCAUAUUGCACUGUAAUCAGUGCUUUGACUAAAAUGGGUAUGACAAAAGAUGCUAAUGAUUGCAUGUGGGAGAUGGGGGGAAGUGGGGCUGGUCUUGAUAUAGUUUCCUACAACGCUUUGAUUAAUCUGUAUUGCAAAGAAGGUAAGUUGGAAACUGCAUUUCAGUUGUUGGAUCAGAUAGAGAAAGGUGGGGUGGAAAGUGAUGAGUAUACCCACACAAUCCUGGUUAAUGGAUUAUGUAGGGCAGGUGAUAUUGAUAGGGCCCUGCGGCACUUAAAGUAUAUGAAGAUGAGAGGUUUCCAAUCAGACUUGGUGGCUUACAACUGCUUGAUUCAUGGGUUAUGUAAGACAGGUCAGGUGGAUUAUGCGAUGAAGGUCUUUGAGAAGUUGGAGCAUAAGGAUUCUUUUACAUAUUCUUCCAUGGUGCAUGGUCUUUGCAAAGUAAGAAGGUUUCGUGCAGCAUCCAAGCUAAUCCUGUCUUGUGUAAGACAAGACAUGAAAGUACUCGCUGCGGACCAACGGGUUGUACUUUGCGGGCUUCGUUCUUCGGGAUUUAAACAAGAAGCAAGGAAGCUCCGAUCAAAACUCUGGAUGGCUCGGGCUCUAGCCUACUGAGAUGCACUAUUGAAUAACUGUUGGUGGAGGAGCGUUAUGGACUGAAUAAUAUAUUUGACUGGAGGACUAUGCUCUUUCUGCAUGGAAGUUAUUACGCAGUUUCUUAUGAGAUUAAUUCUUCUGAAAAGGCUACUCGUCUUGUGCAUUGCAGCAGUUGGUCACGAUGAUUUUACAUUGAGUGGUGAA